GAUACUCCUUUAAACAAACACGGCCUUAACACUCCAAAUAAAACAAUUUUACUUCGCUCUCGUAAGUGAGAGCAUUAUCGUGAGUUCAACUUCGAGGGUUUCCUUCAACAACUGAAAUUCUCUCCGUUUUCUUUUUAUCAAUUUAUCAGUUACUCUCGUGAUUUAACGAGAUUUGGAGUGGGUGAUGGCUGCGAAGGAAGAUAAUCGAAUAUUUGUGGGUGGUUUAUCUUGGGACGUCACUGAGCGUCAACUCGAGCAUGCCUUUGCUCGUUAUGGCAAAAUUCUCGAAUGCCAGAUCAUGAUGGAAAGGGAUACAGGCCGUCCACGUGGAUUUGGGUUUAUCACAUUUGCAGACCGUAGGGGAAUGGAGGAUGCAAUCAAGGAAAUGCAUGGACGGGAAAUUGGUGAUCGCAUAAUCUCUGUCAACAAGGCGCAGCCUAAGAUGGGGGGUGAUGAUAUAGACCAAGGUUACAGAGGCAGCUACUCAUCGGGUGGUAGGGGAAGCUAUGGUGCUGGAGAUAGGAUAGGACAAGAUGACUGCUUCAAAUGUGGGCGUCCAGGACACUGGGCCCGAGAUUGUCCUUUGGCAGGAGGUGGUCGUGGUGGUCGUGGUGGUGGUUCAUUUUCUUCCCAUCCAAGGUUUGGAGGUGCCGGUGGACAUGGGGAUCGCCUUGGUGGUGAACGUGAUCGAUAUGUGGAUGACCGUUAUGAUGGAGGACGCUAUGGAGACAGGGAUCGUUUUGACAACCGUGACUACAAAUAUGGGAGCCGUGAUCGCUAUACCAGUGACAGGUACCCAAGCAGUGGAGAUCGUUUUGCAAGCGAUCGAUAUGGCAGUGGCUCAGAUCAUUACCCACAAAAUGGUUAUGGCAAGGAAAGAGGGUAUGACCGAUACGGUGGUCCACGAGGCGGCGCUGAUAGGUAUGGAAGUGGAAUAGCUGGUCGAGAUGAAGGAAGGAGUUAUAGGGGUAGACCUGGUCCAUAUGACCGCCCAAGCAGGGGCUCUCGUCCAUCACUCGACCGUUACUGAUUUCUACCGUUUCUGUUUUUAACGGGAAAUUACAAUGCAGAAGCCACAUUAGAGACCUAGUUCUUGUUCUUGUUAGUUUGCGACAACUGCUAGAUUAUAGUUUCAUAGAUUCUGGAUUUCCUAGUUUGUUUCCUUAUUUGGAUAAUUGUCACAACCUCCCUUGUUUGUGGUGUUAUAGUUAUCCUCAGAUUCACAA